CUCAGUACACACUCUCAAAGUGCCAAAAUGCUGGUUUUAUCUCAUCUAGUCAGUAUUUCACUCUGUGUAUUCCUCUUUCUUGUCAGCACAAAUGGGACACAACUUAUUCUAGUUAACAACUGCAGAAGAAGCAUAUGGCCUGGAAUUCUUGGCAAUACAGGGAACAUGACUCCUAAAGAUGGCGGCUUUCAUAUGAGAAGUGGUGAAGAAGUAGUGUUCGACGUGCCUAAGAAGUGGUCAGGUAGGAUAUGGGCCAGACAGAAUUGCCACUUCGAUAGAAAUGGCAACGGCUCGUGUGAUACUGGCGACUGUGAUGGCCAGUUAAAAUGCCGGGGGUUAGGAGGUAAGCCCCCGGCUACUGUUGUGGAAAUGACACUAGGCUCAUUGACUUCGCCCUUGCAUUUCUACGAUGUGAGCUUAGUCGAUGGCUUCAACGUGCCAGUUUCCAUGAGACCUGUGGGUGGAGGAAUAGGUUGUGGCGUGGCGGAGUGUGAUGUUGAUCUGAAUAUAUGUUGUCCAUCAGCACUAGAAGUGAAGGUUGGUGGAAAAGUGGUAGGGUGCAAGAGUGCUUGCUUGGCUAUACAAUCAGCCAAGUAUUGUUGCACAGGACUGUUUGCAAAUCCCAAAACUUGCAAACCAACUAUUUUUGCUCAUCUUUUUAAGGCCAUCUGCCCUAAGGCUUAUAGUUAUGCAUUUGAUGAGUCUUCUAGCCUAAACAAAUGUAGAGCUUCAAGGUAUGUAAUUAUUUUUUGCCCUCCCAAAUGAGGAACUUGAAAAUCCAUAUACAAGUUUUUGUACCUUAGCAUAGGCACUAUGAGUUCAACUUAUGUAAUUCAGUCUUAAUGAGAAA